CAGAAAGAAGAAGAGAAAAACAUUCAUUGGUCUUUUGAAAUCAAAGGUAAAAGAUGAACCCUGCUGGUGUUAGAGUUCAAUUUGAUGGUCAGCCAAAGGAUAUUGAACUUAUUUUGAGGAAGAGAGUGAAACUGGAAGUGGAACUUCUUUCUUUGGCGAGAAAAGAUGACAACGCUAGCAAAGCUCGUCUUGCAGAUGCGCAGAAAGAACUUGACGACUUAAAAGAAAUGCUUCUAACUCUGGUCAUGAAGUAUAGAAAAGAGAAAGUGAGGAUUGAUGAGAUUCAAAGGCUGAAGCAGAAACGUGAAGAGCUUAUCUUGUCUCUACAGGAGGCUGAGAGGCGGAAUGAUAUAGCAAGAGCUGCAAGCCUACGAUAUGGUGCGAUUGAUGAUGUGGAAGAUGCAAUUCAACGACUUGAAGAUAGCACCGAUAAAAGCUUGAUGUUGACAAAAACUGUUGAACCAGACCUAAUAGGUUUGGUUGUUAGCCUAUUGACGGGUAUACCAGUGUCCCGACUUAGUGAAAAUGAGAAAGAAAGGUUUCUUGGACUUGGUGACAGGUUACACAAAAGAGUAGUGGGACAAGAUCAUGCAGUAAAUGCCGUUGCUAACACUGUAUUGAGGCGGAGAGUUGGUUUAGGAAGACCUCAACAUCCAAUUGGUUCCUUCCUAUUCCUUGGUCCAACUGGUGUUGGUAAAACAGAACUUGCUAAGGCUCUUGCUGAGCAACUAUUUGAUGAUGAAAAUCAGUUGGUGAGAAUGAACAUGUCGGAGUACAUGGAACAACACUAUCUGUCAAGAUUGAUUGAUGCAGCACCAGAGUUUGUUGGACGAUUAACAGAAGUUGUGAGAAGAAGGCCAAACAGUGUGCUACUUUUGGAAGAAGUGGAGAAAGCACAUACUUCAGUAAUCAACAAAUUACUUUAUAUCUUAGAGGAUGGAAGUUUAACUGAUGGACAAGGCAGAACUGUGGAUUUUACGAACAUGGUCAUUAUCAUGACCUCGAACCUUGGUGCCGAUCAUCUCUUAAGUGGACUUUCAGGAAAAUGUACCAUCCAAGUAGCUCACGAUCGAGUAAUGCAGGAAGUCAGUGAGCAUUUCCUGCUAGAAUUGUUGAAUCAGCUGACCAAAGUUGUAGUAUUCAAUCCUCUUUCUUACCAGCAAUUGAGGAAGGUUGCAAGGUUGCAAAUCAAGGAUGUAGGUAAUCGUCUUGGUAAGAAAGGAACUUCGUUGGCAGUUACAGAUGGAGCAGUGGAUUAUAUACUUGCUGAGAGCUAUGAUCCUGUGUAUGGUGCUAGACCAAUUAGAAGCUGGCUUGAGAAAAAGGUGGUGACAGUGUUGUCUAGGAUGCUUACAAGGAAAGUAAUUGGUGAGAAUACAACGGUUUACAUCGAUGUUGGUCCAAAUGACAGUUAUUUGGUAUACCGUGUUGAAAAUAAUGGAGGGCAUGUUAUUAAUGCUGAAACUUGUAAGGUUGCAAAUAAAGGGUUUAGCUAGUCGUCUCGCGAACACAGAUGUAUACUAGUUAAGCCUGUCCGGCUGACCCGUUUAAGUUUAUUUUUACUUAUUUCUUUGCUAGACAAAUAAUA